UCACUUGGCGAGUUUCACUAGCGGCCGUCACAGCCUCAUAUCUGUUGGCUCUAGUUUCCCUUUCGUUUUUCUCCUUUCGUAAAAACCUGUAUGAUAUAUUAGGACUGGAUAUUUAAAGCUGCAGCUAUUUUCCAACCCAGAACUGAUUUCUGCCAUGGCUGUUGUCGGAAACCCGGACGCGAAACAGACCACAGAACCUUUGAGGAUCAUGCUCAUUGGGAAGAGUGGAGUCGGCAAGAGUUGCACCGGGAACACAAUUCUCAACAGAGUUGUCUUUAAAUCCGACAUGAAGCUUAAGAGGGUCACCAUCCACUGUGAAAAGGAGGAGGGGAUGAUCGAAGAGACGCCCGUCGUGGUCAUCGACACGCCUGGGCUGUUUGAGAAAGACCGCGACAAGGACGAAAUCAUUCGAGAGAUUCUCAUGCGCGUUACGCUCCACGAGCCGGGCCCUCACGUCUUCGUGUUUGUGGUCCCAGUAGGACGGUUGACACAGGAGGACGAAGACACCCAGAAACUGAUUGAAGCUAAGUUUGGCCCGCGGGUGUGGGACUACACCCUCGUGCUGUUCACCCACGGGGAUCGGCUGGAGGGGAAAACAAUAAACCAAGUCAUUUCCGAGAGCGAUGACAACCUCCGCAACUUCAUUCGCAAGUGCAGCGGUGGCUUCCACGUCUUUAACAACAAAAACCCGGAGGACCAGGUGCAGGUGGUGCGCUUUCUGGAGAAGAUCGAGACGCUGGUGGCCCUGAACGGAGGCAGUCACUACCAUGCAAAGCUUUAUCCCAAACAGGAAAGCAAGAUCAGAGAAAGACAGGAGAGCAUCCUGGCAGAGAGAAGCAACGGCAUUGGCCGUAAAGUGGAAGAAUUCAAGCUCAAGUACAAAGAAGAGGAGCUGAAGAAGAAGGUUAAAGAGCUCUGGAGGAAAGAGGAAGAGAAUGCAAGAAAGGAAGCAGAGAAAGAAAUAAAAAUCAGCAAGGUCUCCAACAUCCUCCUGUCCUUGAUGCUGGUGGUCCUGCUGUUGGGCUUUGCUCUGCAGGUUCCAGUUGGAUACCUGUUUGCAGGAGCAGUCGUUUGGACCGGGAUGUUCUUCAAGAUCCCGUUAAAGUUUCUAAACCAAAUACCAUGGUGGAAAAAGUAAAAAAUAACUUUUCUAUCACAGUUUUAUCUAUAAUCUCUCUGUGGAUUACCCACAUUUCGGGAGAAGAAUGACAUAUUAGGUAUGUUUGUGUGAGUUUUGUUUACAUGUCAUGAUGAUGAUUAAAGCUAUAGCCUUUGAGACAAUGGUACAUUCGUUAUGUACAGGAAAGAACUGAGCUUUUCUUGGUACUGCAAGUAGGCUCGUAAAGCAAUUCAAUUACCUGCAAGCAGUGUGGUUUACAAAAUAAAGUCAUUCAUGCUUCUGCUUACUCCGUUUACCAUGAAGGCAGCAGAUUGUGGCCGUUAAACUUCCUGCUCAUUUUACAGGGCAGAGUCCGCUGGUUAUCUUGUUCUAAGGCACCAUUUCUCCAUUUAAGUCCUCAGGACAACUGAGAACUGGAGUACGCACUGCCCUGGAUAUUUUAGACGUGUCUAAAAUUGUUACUUGUACGUGUUUGACCAAGCUUGUGAAGUUUAUUGGUGUAUUUAAGCGUGCUGUACUGGUGCAGAGUUAUCAAAUAAAUUUAUAAUUUAAUACCA